AGCUUUCUUUUCCCUCUCGCUCUCUCUCUCUCAACGGCUUGCUCGACUUCAGACGCUUACAAAAAGGCGCGUAGUACAGAUUAAAGUUAUUGUCAGAUGUUUACAAGUGAUCUUUAUUAAUUUACACGGCAACUCGAUUUUAACAUGAGGGAGAUUGUUCAUCUGCAGGCCGGUCAAUGUGGAAAUCAGAUCGGUGCCAAGUUUUGGGAGGUAAUCAGUGACGAGCAUGGAAUAGACCCAACAGGCACUUACCAUGGAGAUAGCGAUCUGCAGCUUGAGAGAAUCAAUGUGUACUACAAUGAGGCAACAGGUGGCAAGUAUGUUCCUCGUGCCGUUCUAGUUGAUCUGGAGCCUGGCACCAUGGACUCUGUCCGGUCUGGACCAUUUGGCCAAAUAUUCAGACCGGACAACUUUGUCUUUGGACAGAGUGGUGCAGGUAACAACUGGGCAAAGGGCCAUUACACUGAGGGAGCAGAGCUGGUAGACUCUGUCCUGGACGUGGUAAGAAAGGAAGCCGAGAGCUGCGACUGUCUUCAGGGCUUCCAGCUCACCCACUCCCUUGGAGGCGGCACAGGCUCUGGCAUGGGUACCCUGUUGAUUAGCAAGAUCCGUGAGGAGUACCCUGACCGCAUCAUGAACACCUUCAGUGUGGUGCCCUCCCCCAAAGUGUCAGACACCGUGGUGGAGCCCUACAAUGCCACCCUGUCUGUGCAUCAGCUAGUGGAGAACACUGACGAGACCUUUUGCAUCGACAACGAGGCCUUGUAUGACAUCUGCUUUCGCACCCUGAAGCUGACGACGCCCACUUACGGGGACCUCAACCACCUGGUGUCAGCCACCAUGAGUGGUGUCACCACCUGCCUGCGUUUCCCCGGCCAGCUCAACGCUGACCUGCGUAAGCUAGCUGUCAACAUGGUCCCAUUCCCCCGCCUGCAUUUCUUCAUGCCAGGCUUUGCCCCCCUCACCAGCAGAGGUAGCCAGCAGUACAGAGCGCUGACGGUGCCCGAACUCACCCAGCAGAUGUUCGAUGCCAAGAACAUGAUGGCCGCCUGCGACCCCCGCCACGGCCGCUACCUCACUGUGGCCGCCAUCUUCCGCGGGCGCAUGUCCAUGAAGGAGGUGGAUGAGCAGAUGCUGAACGUGCAGAACAAGAACAGCAGCUACUUUGUCGAAUGGAUCCCCAACAAUGUCAAGACUGCAGUCUGCGACAUCCCGCCCCGUGGCCUCAAGAUGGCUGCCACCUUCAUCGGCAACAGCACGGCCAUCCAGGAGCUGUUCAAGCGCAUCUCUGAGCAGUUCACAGCCAUGUUCCGACGCAAGGCCUUCCUGCACUGGUACACCGGAGAGGGCAUGGAUGAGAUGGAGUUCACAGAGGCCGAGAGCAACAUGAACGACCUGGUGUCCGAGUACCAGCAGUACCAGGACGCCACCGCUGAGGAGGAGGGCGAGUUUGAGGAGGAGGGAGAAGAGGAUAUGGGUUAAACUAAAAUCAAUUUCAACUGCAAUCCAUCCCUUUUGUUUCAGGUUGUUCUUUUAUUCUCUUUCACUGCACAAGGAGCUGCUGUCAGUGUUUAACCUGUUGUAAUUGCAAUAAAUCUUAUCAGCAUUUAAAAACUUGUUUGUGUUCCUUUUGUAGAUGUACAUUUCUGAAAAACAGGAGAAAUUGGAAAAUAGAUCUUCCUUUACUAUAGUACAGUUCUUGUCAAGUGCCUUUAUAGAUCAAGAAGCAGUAAAAGCAUAAACAAACAUUUCUACAAUACAUCAUUUGUUAAUAUAAUCUUGAAAUGAUUCCAUCAUGUCUUUUUAUAGUUGGUUACAUUGGGAUUAUAGCAAAAUAAAUGACCUUUUAAAUGAAUCACACUUGGAAGAAAUUGAAUUCAUGUCAUUGGCAAUUUAGUGUUAUAGGAAUUCUAUUUUAAGGGACAUUGGUUUAAUAAAAGCUGCAACAUACAAAUUGUAUGCUUGCUACAAGUCCACGGUCUUGCUCCCUCCAAGUUUGGAGAGGACAAUGCAUUUUUUAUGCUUGGUUUUCACAUGCAAUGUUACAAAUUACUCUUGUUUUGAAGGAAACUUUCUACAGAGAAGUGCUCGGAAGGCAUUGGCCAGGAAAAAGGUUGGUCUAUAUUACAACACAGUGCACAGGGACAACUUGGGUUGGGGAACUUUAAGCUAGACAUUGGUGGCCACCAUUUUCUACUUCACAUUAAUUUGCGUCUACAUAUUAGUUUCUAUGUGCAAUGGUCUCUUCCAUUGCGCAAACUAAAGUACAUCCCACUCCUGAGAUUUUCAAGUAGUACAAAUAUAUGGACUUAAGCAAUUGGUGGUGAAGGAGCACUUGCAUUCAUUUACAAACAUUACAGAAUACAACUAACAAAAUAUAGACCUUGGAGAUGUUGACGAUGAGCAAUUGAAAAGGUUGUCAGCAUACCACAGUAAGUUUUGUAUGGGUAAAUAAAUAUUUUAUACCAUCACCUGUUUGAGAUUUUUUAAAUGUCCAAUACACACUAAAAUUUAAAUAUCUUAUUGUUUGGGAGAUUUCACAAUUUUGCAGAAUGUGGAACUUACUUGAGGGGUUGCUGAUCAUUAAACUGCCUUCAAUGAAACUCCCAAACGUGUUUGUGCCUACAUGAAAACAUUUGUGUUUUGCUAAAGAUCUAAAUUCAAUGUAGAUUGUAGAAUCGACUUGGGUUACUGACCAUAGAGAAUCUUUAUUACUUUCAAAUUCCUGCACGAUGACAAUAGAUUUCCAUUAAACUGACCGUUAAAUUAAAUAAUUUAUAUAAUAUAUAUUAAUAGCUAUAAUCAAAACCUUUUCUUUCUCUCAAAGAAUCCAUCCACAUAUAACCUCUGUUAAUAAUUUCCUUUGAGAA